AUGUCGCUGUUUAUGAUCACGGCGGCGGUGUUGGGGACGCUCGGGGGAUGGGUCGCGACGUAUUACGCGCCGUUAGCGAGCGGAGGGGGCGUGACGCAGGUGAUGGCGAGUUUAAACGGCGCAAACGUGCCGGGAUUAUUGAGCGGGCGGACGCUCGCGGCGAAAAUCGUGGGCACGUGCGGCGGCGUGGGGAGCGCGUUGGCGGUCGGACCCGAAGGGCCGAUGGUGCACAUCGGCGCUGGGAUCGCCAGUGUGUGCGCGUUGUAUUGGCCCAGGAAGUUCUUGUGUGGAGAUGGAUUCUUGGGGGCGAGAGAGGGCGAGGCGGACGCGUCGGCGGCGAGCGAGGACGAGGAUUCCGAAGACGAGGAUUCCGAGCGAUAUUCUACGGAUGGCGAAGAUUCAGACGGUAGUGAAUUGCAGUCGACGUUACGGCGGCGAAGGCGGCAACGUCGUCGUGCGUUCGUGCGGUUCGGCGAGUCGGCGAAAUUAGACGCCGUGCUGCUCGAGUUGGCGUCGCCGUCGACGCAUAGAGAAUUCGUCUCCGCUGGCGCCGCCGCCGGAUUAGCCGCGGCUUUCGGUGCACCCAUCGGAGGAGUUUUGUUUUCUUUUGAAGAAGCGAGCACGUUUUGGAGUCAACGCACGAUGUGGCGGUGCUUGAUGUGCGCUGCCAUCGCGUCCUUCGUGCUCGCGUUGCUCGAUUUGCGAGGCAACCCAGGCAUGGUGUUCAUCACCGGUGACUCGCUUCGACCGACUACGCCGAGGGACUACUUCCACCAACUACCAUUCUUUGUUUUAGUAGCUGCCAUAGCGGGACUCAUGGGGGUGUUGUUCAACCAAAUUCAGGCGUGGACGUCGAGGUUUCGUCCGUCUGCGAAGAAUAAAGUCGCACGAAUGUUUGAGUGCGCCGUCGUCGUUCUCGCCACGGUGGCGCUUCGGUUCGCGGCGGCGGAGUUCGCGGGACACUGCAUGGUGCCUCCCGAUACCUGGGUGAAAGACGAUUUCGGUGUACGAUUCAACUGCGCCGAGGGAGAAAUUAACGACAUCGCUACUGUAUUUUUCAUUUAUCCAGGCCGUUCAAUCGGCUGGAUGUUCGGCAUGGCUGAGCACGUGUGGGGCGAGGCGUACGGGUUCACGGCGCAAGGUUUAGCCAUAUCCGCGGUGUGUUAUCUCGUUAUGAUGGCGCUAGCGUUCGGCAUCGCCGUUCCUGGUGGCUUAUUUAUGCCGUCGUUGUUCAUGGGCGCGUGCACGGGAGGAUGCGCGGGGUUAAUGCUCAAGGCGUCGUUGCCCGAAGCGUGGGACAUCCAACCAGGGCUCUACGCGCUCAUCGGUGCCACCUCCGCGCUCGGUGGCGUUUUCCGUUCCUCCGUGUCUCUGGUCGUUAUCAUGGUCGAGAGCACCAACGGACAGGCUUUCGUGUUCGCCAUCAUCGUCGCCGUCAUCGUGAGUAACGUGGUAGGAAAUUACUUCGCGCACGGCAUUUACCACGCCGAGUUGUCGCGAAGUAAAACUGUGGCCUACCUACCUCGAGAUCCUUCGAGAACGCUCGAGGGGAAGACUGCGCGCGAUAUCAUGGCGGUUCCACCCGCGUUUUUACCCGAAGUUGCUUUUAGAGACGACGUCAAGUCGUUGCUCGAGCACACGACUCACAACGGAUUCCCAGUCGUCGACGACCGCGGGAAACUCGCCGGUCUCAUCUUGCGUUCGCAGCUCGACGUUCUUCUCGCGGCGCCGCCCGAGGAAGCCGCGCCCGGUGCUGACGCUACCAAGCAGGCAAAAUUGGACCUUAAAAUGCGCACUGCGCAUAUUCAGCGCGUCACCAAGGGCGCGACGCCCGGCGUCGCCGCUGGACUUCUCGACGAAACCGUCGACGCCAUCGAAGUCGAGCGCUUAAUGCGCACCAACGCCACGCCGCGCCGCGGCGCGCUGACAGACCCCGAAAACGAUUCCAACGACAUCGCGAGCGCAUUCGCAUCGCCGCAGAUCGACAUCAAGACGUACAUGAACCCGUCGCCGCUCGCCGUGCCUUUGGAUUUCCCCGCCGCGCGCGCGCACGGCGUCUUUCUCUCACUCGCGUUGCGCCACCUCAUCGUCGUCGACGACGACUACGCCGUGCGCGGCGUCAUCACUCGCAAAGAUCUAAUCGGUUUAAACGCUUGA